GGCAAGCAAAAAUCCCUCACCUAGAAAAAGUUGAAGAUCUAUCUCGCAGCCCUUCAAUACUUUUCCUAACGAACUACUGAAGGAGACAGUAUGCCCGGAUUUUCAAGCUCUUCAACUGGCGUAAUGGCGAUUGACGCAACCACGGACAAGGAUGUGGCCGACUCGUUGUCAGCACUCCCCCAAGCUGUCGCAGCGCUCCAUCUCAAGCAGGCUGGCUCUAUAGACACCACGAAAGACAACAAGAAGCCGCCCAGUUUGUCUUCAGGAACAGAUUCUGGCUAUUCUUCUGGUCCAAAUUCUGGACUGCCAACACCCGAAAAAUCUCCAGAAGGCUCGUUUCCAAACGAGUUCCUUCGCACUAGCACGGCUCGCAGACUGUUCCCUGGACUAGCCAAAUCCCAGACGUCCAAAGUCUUUAACAGACCAGUUAUUCAUUCGGUCCAAACCAGGUUCGAUGACUUGAGCGAACUUUUCGGUCCAUCACUUGAAGAUCACCUAUUGAAGGCGAGGGUGGACUCCAAUGCAAAGCGGAAUAUUUCGAUCAAAUUGAAACUCGUUGGUCUUUCGGAGGAUAGUGCAAGCCCAUGUAUCAUUAUCCUCUGUGAUAAAGCAACCUCACGAAGUGUCAAACAGUUUUUCGGCAAAGACCAGGUCAAGUCCCAAUACCAGCCUCAAGAGCCAAGCCUCGACACUCCGCAUUUCGAUAUCAAAGUCUGCCAUCGACCACCGAGACAAAUUGCAAUCUUUGCAGACGUCAACAUUGAACGCUAUACAAAACUGAGUGGUCUUCCUGCUGCUGUGGUCGGGGCAUCGUUGACAGUCCCUGUCCAUCCUGAUGGGAAUCGACUCGGGACCCUUGGAGGGUUAGUUCUCGGAGAAUCGACUUCGGGAGAGAAAACCCUCUAUGGAAUGUCUGUAGACCAUAUCUUUCCUUCCGACAAAGAAUAUGAUAGUCGGAUAUUUUCUUUUUGGAACGAGGUAGAUGGGGCAACAGAGAAUGCAAUGGAGGAAGGGUCCAACGACGAUGAACUGUUCCCCGAAUUCGAUGGAUUUGAUAUUGACUUUGAGUUUGAUGACGACACUGAUGAAGCUUCCGCUCCGGUGAUUAAUGUUCAGUCAACAGAAAACGAGGUGUCAGUGAGACACAAUCUCCGGCACGUACCACAGGUCCAAAUGAGAUAUGCGCUUGUCAGGUCCGGGGAUACAUCCACGUACCAUGUGGGGGAUCUCGACUGGUCGCUCCUCGAAAUCGACAAUAUCGAAAGAUUUUUUCCAUUCUCUCAAAACAGCUUCUUGAUGGGGAUGAAGUUACCAAGAGAGGCUAUUUGUGCGGUGCAAAGAAACUUGAAAGUCGAAAAGCGAGUGACCGCAUUUUGUGGUGUCAGUGGGCGUCAGCCCGGAGUGUUGUCUCCUACCAUGUCCCGGCUUAUGUUAGGGUCAAGUGCUCACUUUGUCCAUACUUACAAUCUUACCCUCUCCAGUGGAUCAGUCCUCCAGCCAGGCGACUGUGGCUCUUGGGUGAUGGACGAAGUUACAUCUGAGGUUUAUGGGCAUGUUGUAGCAUCAGAUGCGUUCGGCGAAGCUUACGUCGUUCCUCUUCGUGAUACCAUUCUGGAUAUACAAGCUCGACUGAACAGCAAAACCGUACGGCUACCCACGGCAGCAGAAAUCUUGAAGUGGUGCGCUGGCCGUGAGUUGCCCCAACCGGCCGACUCGGGAUAUUCGUCCAUGACGACAACACCUUUACACUCGACGCCUUCCUCCUCGACGCCUUCCUCCCCACAUCACGCUGUACAAAUAUACGAACCUCCCACUAAUGUAGUCCCACGGCACAAGGGGAGAGAACAAGCAACAGGGAGCAGACUCACUUCGAUAUUCCAAAGGAAUCAACAGAGAGAGCGAACAGGCGCGAACAUCAAUCGACCUAGCAUGGUUACUGACGGGGAUGCAAAUGUCGAAGAGGAGGAAGAAGAAGAAUCUCUCAAUGUCUUUCGAUCAAUUUUCAAGAAGGUUAUGAAGCUGCCUCGACGCAAGGGCGGUCAAUUACCUCCCCGGUUAUGAAGAGGGGAUAACUUCGAGCAGAUAUGUGGCUGUUAAGCUAGCCGCGAUAGCAUUUAACUAUGAUUUCUUUGCAUGGCUGGCUCACAGGCAGUGUGACGGAUGGCGCCCACCGUGUGAUCCGCCGGGAAUAGGAACUAGGAAAUAGGACUGAAACAAGGAAAUAAGCUAGAGGUCUGGGCAAUAUACUACUAAAGGUCGAGGUAUUCCUCUUUCCUGUACUCUCCAGCUUAGUAUUUUCAAUAUAUGAGAUUCUCUG